UUCAGAGAAGAAAGAUAAAAAAAAAAUCGGUCUAUCGCUAUGUUUCACAGAGAAAUAUAUUUCAGACGCCUAUAACGGUUUAAUUGAGAGUUGUGUUUGUGAGAGUGGAAACACUGGUGUUUUGUCAAUCAGGCUCAAGAUAGAGCUCCAGUGGAUGGUCGGAGCGCAGGACGGUGAUUUUACAAGUGUCUUUUAAACUGUUGAAGUGCCACGCAAUGCACCAUGGAGGAGGCCCACCAAAAGUGCAGAGGAACCUUCAGAGAUCCAAGUCCUUCACUGGAUCUGAGGCAGAAGACCAACAGCAGCAGCAACAACCACCACAGCAGUCCCAACAACAACAGCACCAGCCCAUGGCGGUUACCCAACAACAGGCGGCAAAUGCCAAUCACCCCCAGUCACCGGUGACAUCUUUUGCUCCGUCCGCCAGUCCCUCUGCACCCCAGUCUCCCAAUUACCAAAUCAUCAUGAGCCGGAGUCCAGUCACAGGCCAGAACAUGAACAUCACUUUACAGAACGUGGGACCAAUGGUUUCUGGGAACCAGCAGAUCACCCUGACCCCUCUUCCUCUCCAGAGCCCAGGAUCCCCUAGCUUUCAGCAUCAGCCCCAGCAGUGGAGGUUCGAACCGUCUUCGUCUUACGUGGUGACAUCACCCUUGCCCCAGACAAUGCAGCCUCAAAGUCCGACCCAGCAUAGUCCUGUCCCCAUACAGGCUGUGCCCAGGUCGAGCGCUCCUGGGUCAGCUCUGGGAGUGUGCAGUCAGAGCCCGACGCGGUUUGUGGAGGCAGGUAUAAUGGUUAGGCAAAUCAACUUGAGCAGCCCACCUGGAAGUGGUCAUUUUGUAUACCAGGAUGGAACAGGAUUGGCUCAGCUGGCUCCGACAACAGCUGGAGCCGUUCAGCUAACCUCACCUGGGACACCUGGGGUUGCCAGAGAAAGACGGCUGUCCCAGCCACACUCCCAAACCGGGGGGACCAUUCACCAUUUGGGGCCACAGAGCCCUGUUGCGGCAGGGGCUGCUCUCCCAACCUUGGGCAGCCCUGGGCACAUCACCACCUCCAAUCUGCCUCCUCAGAUCAGUAGUAUCAUCCAAGGCCAAUUAGCUCGCCCCAUGAUUUUUGAGAAGACAGCGCAAGGCAUUGUGGCUGGUGUGGCGGCCCCGGCAACGGCCUCUUUUGGGAUCCCAUCCACCAUCCCUCCAUCCAGCCCAUCCAGGAGCAACCCUCCCCAAGGCCUCGCCAACCAGUCCCUGACGCCCACCAGCAUGAAGAAGAUGCAGCCGAAGAAGCUGGAGGAGAUCGCACCCUCAAAUCCAGAAGUGGCGCAGUUGAGGAAGCAGUGUCUGGAGCAUCAUGCAAAGAAGAUGGAGAGUCUGAAGGAUGUGUUCAAGGAGUACCUGAUUGAGCUCUUUUUCCUGCAGCAUCUGCAAGGAAACAUGAUGGACUACCUUGCCUUCAAGAAAAAGCCCUGUGUGCCUCUCUUCACCUACCUGAGGCAAAAUGAUCUUGACAUUGAAGAUGAAGAGGAGGAGGAAGAGCAGUCUGAGGUCAUCAAUGAUGAGGUGAAAGUAGUGACUGGAAAGGAUGGACAGACGGUGACUCCUGUUGCUAUAGCUACACAACUCCCACCCAACGUGUCUGCAGCGUUCUCUGUUCCGCAGCAGUUCCAGACCCAUGCCGGGUGGCAGGUGGCAGCCUCUCGAACCCUGUGGAUAUGGAGGCUUUCAAGCGGCAGCAGGCCAUGGCUCAAGCAG